UUUAAUAGAAAUUCCACUAAAACCCCGUACAUAUAUCACCAUCUCCCUCGACAAAUCUCAACUGUUCAUCUACAGAUUCUCAGAUCCAACGGCUCAGGUGAUUCCAUACCCCACUUCUCAGUCAGUCCUCCCUAUAUAAACUCAAAAAUCGCCCGUUGCGUGUUGCAUACACACAACCACAGACAAACACACACACACACACAGAAGAGAGAGAGAGGGUAAAUCGGAAAAAAUGGUGUCGUUCGGUUCAUGGAUUAUGUCGAUCAAGGCGGUGCUUAUCUCCACCGGCGUCAUCGCCAUGGCUCUAUUGUUGAAGGUAUAUGUUCCGGUGGCCAUCGAUUUCUCUGUCUCGCGAGCUUCGAUCCUGUGGAGUUCCUUGCUCUUAUGGCUGAAACCUCCUUAUCUAUACUUCGUCACCAACGGCAUCAUCAUCACCAUUGCUGCUUCUUCGAAGUUCUACCGGAGCUCCAGCUACCGCGACGACGAUCAAGACGUCGAUGUCGUAUCCGGAAGCGGUAGCAUCCAGACAGGGCAGAUCUUCCACCAAAGUCCGCCUCGGCAGCUGGUAGUCAUGGCCGUGGAUUCGGCCACCGAUUUCGGUUUGGAGACGGACUCGCUGCCUCUGACUGUUGAGGAUGUGGAGGAAGAGUUAUCGACGGCUGGGACGGCGGUUGUGUAUGCAGAGGAGGAUGAGCUACCAGAUAUGCCGGAGGAAUCAUCGGCGGCGGCUGCAGAGGAGGAGGAGAAGAGAGUAGUGGUUGAGAGUUACGAUUUGAUCGCCGACGACGGAGAUGAAUUCGUGGCGCCGAUGCAGACGCCGGCAUUGAAAUGGAUGGAAUCGCCGGAGAUUGGAUCGGAGAAUCUUCCUCUGACGGAGAGACUUCUGCUUUCUGCAAGGUUAGGUCACCGGGAAACGGUCAAAUCAAGCCCAGAAGGAGGAGCAAGAGCGUUGAGGAAAGGGGCGAAGCCGAUGCGGCACGAGACGCUGGAGAAUACGUGGAAGAUGAUAAAGGAAAAGAAGUCAAUGCCGUUGACCAGGCAGUACAUGAAGUGUGUCACGUGGCAAAAUCAGGGCCGUGUGAUCUCGAACGCGGCGGAGUUCAAGAAGUCGGAGACGUUCAGGGACCGGACUAAUUAUUACCAGUCGUCGCCGGAGGAUACGACGAUGCCGAUGAUAGUGAGGAAGGAACCGUCACUGAGUCAGGACGAGUUGAAUCGGAGAGUCGAAGCGUUCAUCAAGAAGUUCAACGAGGACAUGAGGCUUCAGAGACUCGAGUCACUCAAGAAGUGCAAAGAGAUGGUCAGCCGACUCAGCCGUGGGACUUAGCCUUUUUUUCAAACAAGUAUUUUUUUUCUGGCUUUUACACAGAGAAAAAAAAUAACCAAAACAUAUUAAAAGAAGAAAAUU